UGGAUCAGUGGUUUUGUGGAGUCCACAGUUCAGACCAUCCUCAUUUUCCAGUUGCCUCUCUGCAGCCACCACAUAGUGGAUGACUUUAUGUGUGAGGAACCUGCCCUCAUUAAAAUUGCCUGCGUGGACACAACCUUCCUGGAAAAUGAGCUCUCUGUAGCUAGUGUGCUGUAUGUGAUUAUACCUCUAGGACUUAUUUUGGUCUCCUAUGGCUGCAUUGUGAGGAGUGUGCUAAGGAUAAAAUCAGCUGAAGGUAGAAGCAAAGCAUUUGGGACCUGUGGGUCUCACAUGAUUGUAGUGCUCUUAUUCUUUGGGACUUCAAUUUCUGUCUAUGUACAACCUAAGAGCAAGUACACACAGAAGCAUAGUAAAUUCCUCACCCUCUUCUAUACUGUAGUGACUCCCUCACUCAAUCCUUUGAUCUACACCUUGAGAAACAAAGAGGUUAAGUGGGCUCUGAAAAGGCUACUGGCAGGAGACCCAAG